GCCACUCCAAGCCACACUUCAUUUAUUUACGAGUUAAAAAUGGCUGCUUAAAAGUGAUCUCUGAUAAAUUGUUAAAAAAAUGUGUUAUUUAACGAUGGAAUCUCCAAAAAUUAUUGUGCGUAAUAAUCUAGAACAAGACAUUAUCAAAGUGCGACCUGUUUUGAACUGUGAAAUUGGAAGAAAGCGAAAAGAUUUACCUUCCACAAAGAUCAACAACUGGCGUCAUAAUUGUCACGUUUGUAAAAGUUGGCCUUGUCGUAAUGACAUUUAAAAAAGGAGCUACAAGAAGAAUUUGUAGAAAUUUUUUAAUCUGUUGAUUCAAUUUAUUGAGCAUGGAAAAUUCUCCAAGGAGAUCUCUACCACUGAACGUUUCUGACUUGUUUUUCGGAGCAUUUUAUCCGCCCGUAUCCAAUUUUGUACACACAGGUCAGAAAAUAUCGACCCAAAAUAGGAAAACUUCAUCUAAGAGUGCAUCAUCCGAUAUGAAUCACUCAGAAAAAAUGGAUAGCUCUAUUGAAGACAGCGCUACUGAACAAGCCAGCAAGAGCACAUUCUUUCAGGGUAUAGUUGGUGUUUUCGAUUCAAUUACCAAUAUGGUCUCUAAAAUAUCGAAUUAUACCAAUAUAUUAAGUAAUACGUUAUCUGUAACGGUUGUACCUAAUGACGAUAUAGUCUCUUCCGAAUUCCUUCUACAAAAUUUGACGGUAAAUAAUCAAGAUUUGUCAUCAAGUAAAGAUAAUUUGGCUAAGAUGUUUGGAAACACGACGAAUAAAAGUAUGUGUGACGUCAACAAUCAUGUUACACAAGUUUUUACAACACACCAAUUCAAAAAUCUUAACCUUGUAAAUACAGACAAUACUAUAUCAAGCGAAAGGAUAGAUUUUAUACAUGAUGAAGAACAUUAUAAAAAUUUAAUUAAGGAAAAAAAUGAUUUAGAAUUGGCAAUUGAAGAGAGUUUAAAACACAUGAAAAAUUAUAAUUCAUAUGAUGAAACGGAUUCAAACUUUUCUAAUCUGGGUAAAAAUCAUUUGAACGUAUUAACAAAUAACGACAAAAUGUUAAUGAAUUCAGAAAAUAUUAUAUCUGAAAACAAGUCUGAUACAGAACAGUGGAUAGAACUUGAUAAUCUAGUCGAUGAAGACAAAGAUGAGAAAGUAUUUUCAAAAAAGCCAAGAUCAUUGAAAAUGAGAAAAAAGUCUAAUAUUGCUGCUCGCUAUCGGGGUAAAGGCCGCAAUAGAAUUCAACUUAGAAAGUCCGGAGUGAGCCAAUUGAAGCACAGAAAAGAGCGGAUAAAGCAAAAUAUUUAUUCAAAUAUUCAAGAAGAUCUGAAUGUAUGGGAAAAAGAACAAAAUGAUUCAUCCGAAGAACAAUCCAGUAUUAUUUCGUCAUCAACUGAUGAUGAGAACCAGAAUAAUGAUGAUUAUGUAUGUGAUAUGAAGAUAGAGUAUCCUACCCUGAUUGAAUCAUUUAGAUUAGGAGAUUCAUUAUCGAUCAAUGAUAAAGAAGAGGAGAAAUCCUUGGAGAAUCUAACACAUUCUUGUGAUGAAUCUGAUUCAACUUUUAGUAGCGAUUCUCGGCGUUUAUCUCAAUGCUCCGUUGAAUCUGAUGAUAGCUGUUUUAUCGUAUUUGAAGAUGAAUCUGCAGACGAAGAUGAUGAUGAAUCAACAGACGAAGAAGACAGUAAAUCAACAGAUUACAGCGAUGAUGAUUCUACAGACUCAGACUCAGACUCAGACAAUCAAGAUGAAGUUGAUGGAGGAUUAAAACCUGGCCUACAGGUUCGUUUUAAUCUAAAGCCGACUAUUCAUACUAUAAUCAAGUGGGACUACGCAUAUCGUGCAGCAAGAAAAGGACCUUGGGAAGAAUUCGCACGGGACCGGGAAAGAUUUUGGGGUAGAAUACGUGGUAUGGGUAAAAUCAUUGAGCCUAUUUUGAAAAAAGAACAUAGAGAUUGUAUAUGGGAAAAUCGAUUUGCCAUUAAAGAUGAAUCAAUGUAAAUUUUAAAUCAAGAUGUAAUAUUAUAGGAGGAGAACGCAAAAGACUUCAACUCGCAUAAUUAAUGAAAUUCAUAACUAUCGAAUAAUUUUUUAAAACCAAAUGAUUUUUAAAAAAACGAAUAGUAUAUUAAAAGAUUCUAAAAAAAAUUCGAAUAUCAAUUAGAAUAAUUAUAUAACUAAUUUAUUGUUACUGCAUUUUAUCAAAAAGUUAAUAUUGAAAAGAUUUUAUAUUAAUGUUGUGUUCAUUAGCAUUAUUUAUUGUUAAUAUAAUUUUUUUUCAAUUUUUAACUGAUAUAGUGCAAUAACUAUUGAAUUCUCAUUUAUUUGAGUUAUUUGUCAUUUUAAAAACUAAUUUGAGAAACCAACUACCAAUUGAUCUGAUUUUACUCAAUGUUAUUUCAUCUCGAUCAGUCUUCUACUGAGAUUCAAUCUGAAAGCUCGACAAAAAAGAAUAUGGUGAACAUGAAUAUUUAUAUCGAAUUUGAAUUAAAUUUCUCUUAGUAAAUUUCGCAAUCGAUAAAAGUAAAUUUAUUUAUAUUAUUAUAGUAUUAGAUUGAUUUAUCAAAACAUAAGUUUUAAGUAAUUACAACAUAAAUUAUACUAUUUAUUAGGCUAUAACAAUGCAAAA